AUGGCAAUACCUACAAUAUUUUCCUACAAACUAGGCAUCAAGCGAAAACUUUUUCCUGAUGAAACAUCUGGUAUGUGACAUUUAACCAACCAUACUAGACCAUACUCACAUACUAUUUAACAAUUAGACAACGAGGCCGAGUUGUCUAUGAGUGAAUCAUAGAUGGCAAACCUUCUUUUAAUAAAUCUUCUUUUAUCUUCUUUUAAUAAUAAAAGAAGAUUUUGAUUUCGAAGGAAAUUCUUCUUUUAUCUUCUUUUAUUCUCAAGGAAUUUCUAAUAUAAAAAUAUUGAAAUUAUAUUUAAAAAUUCAGUCAAUUUAGCUGUAUUUAUUCAAAAAUACUUUUUAAAAACGCAGGAAAUGCAGUCUUAAGCAUUCAGUAUUGCAAAUUUUUUUCGAAGAAACAAUGUGAUAUUCCUUAACCCAAAAAUAUGAAAUUUAAGGAAAUUUUUUACUAAAUCUGAGGAAUUUUUUACCGAGAAUCUAAGGAAUUCACGCAAUCGGAAAUGAGAGCACUGGCUGUAUGUGGCUAAACAUGGCAUCAAUGCAUCAUGGAAAUUGACGAAAUUCACUCUUGCUUGGAAGGUAAAUAAUUUACAUACACUGUAUUUUGUUUAAUUUAUUUAAUUAGUGAAUAACAGUGGCAACUGGAGUACAAAACUACAAAUAGUCUAAUCAUAUUAUCAUAAUUCAUACAUAUAUUAAUAUUAAUAUUAUUCAUUUAUUCAUUAUUUCAUUCUGCUUGAUAACAUUUGCAGUAAUAAUAAUAUUGACUAUUGACAGUAAUAGUAUUGAGUAAUGUAAUCCAGUACUGCAGUUUGUAAACUGUAAUGCUGUUGUCAUUAGUCAGUGCUUACACAAAACAUUAGCAGAUCUAUGUAGUAUCUAUUCUAUUUAUUAUUUUAUUGACUAUUGGAAUAUAUUUUUGUAUAUUUUUCUUUAUUUAUGAAGAUGUCUCUGACCAGUCUGAUGGUGAGAACAUUCACAUCACUCAGUUGGACAUAGAGGAUCAAAAUGUUGUAACUACAGCUUCUACAAGUCUGUCAAGUCCCGAUGACAACUUGGGAAUAAAGCGAGGCCACCCAGUACACAAUGUAUGGAGCUAUGCAUUUGAUGACCCUGAUGCACACACUUCAAGUAAGCCAAAUCACGCUGUUUGCAAACACUGCAAAGAAUCGGUUAGACAUCACCAUAAAGUAUUGUCUGUCAAAACACAUCUGAAAAGAUGCAAAAAAUUCAAGAAACUUAUGUUAGACACAGCUGUUGUUGACCGUCCAGGAUGGUGGAAUGACCCUGCCAGCAAGAGUAAGAAGUCAAAUGCUUCUAAGUCUUCUACAAGCAAUCCAAGCAAAUCCUCACCAGGAACACAACCUUCGGCAAGAUCAUUUGCAGUUCCAAUGUUCACCACCUCACAACAAAAGAAGUUCAACCGAGAUAUUGCAAUGUUUUUCUACAACACAGGCACAAGUUUUCAACGAAUUGAAGAUCCAUUUCUGGCAUCAGCUGUUCAACUAGCACGUCCUGGAGUAAAAUUACCCACCAGGAAGGAACUAGCAGAUGAUAGUCCUGGUGGACUACUUCAACAAUCCUAUGAAGAGGUCAAACAUAAAGUUGAUAAAUUGCUGUCCAACCCCAAUCAGUUCAUUGGUAUCACCACUGAUGCCUGGUCGAACAUCUCAAAUGAGUCAGUUAUCAACUACAUGGCUGUCUGUCCCACUAAAUCACUGUUCAUCGAAUCAGUUUACACAGGAGAGCAAGGUCAUGAUGCGCAAUGGUUGUCCCAAGAUCUCAGCCGUGUUAUAGAUCAUCUUGGAGAUAAUGUAGCUGGUGCAGUGACAGACAAUACAUCAGCGAACAAGAAAAUGUGGAGCAUCUUGGAACGAGAGUAUCCUACACAUUUUUUCCAUGGUUGUGUUGCUCAUGGGCUUAAUCUUCUCGUUAAAGAUAUCUUAUGUGCCAAGAAGAAAGAACCACCUGGUGGUGGCCCAGCUGCAUACCCAGAUGGUUAUCCUUUUGAAGAUCUCAUGGUGUUUGCUAAUGAUUGCAAAGAAGUGGUCAUGUUUUUUCACAAUCAUCAUGGGGUGAAGGCAAGAUUGAAAAAGGCAUUAGCUUCAGCAAAGUUGUCAAGUCUGGUAAAGCCAGCCCCAACUCGAUGGGGUACCAUACACGGUUGUUUCAAAUCGUUGAAAGCAGCUGAUGAUAUUCUGAAUUCUCUGGUAUCUGAAAGAGAUUUUGUGAACAAAGGGAGUGCCAAACAAAAGGACAAACGUCUGGAGAUCAAAGCAAUUGUUACGGAUCCAGAUUUUGUCAGAAACCUUGAUGAAAGUAUCAAGAUUCUUCAGCCAAUUGACAAGUUCAUAAAGUUAUUCCAAAGUGACGCAGUCCCCUGUUCCGAUGUUUACCAUGCCUUUCUUGAGUUGGAGAAAUUGAUGCAGCAGCUCACUAUCGAGGAGAGAAAGAAAGCCUACCUAGUUAAACUUGUCCGUGACAGGUUUGAUUUCAUGUAUGGAGAUGCCCAUGGCAUUGCCUACUUAUUAGAUCCAAGAUAUCUUGGGGAUGGAAUGUCACGCACAUUGAGAAAAGAAGUUGAAGAUUUCAUCUAUGGAUAUCCAACUAAAAAUGGUACUACCAACAACACCAGGAAGGAGCAGAUGGCCCAGGAGUAUACUUCUUUUCGCAUAGAGGCUCUAGACGAAAGACAGCAACAGUCAUUUCGCUUCAAAUUAAUUGGACAGUCCAAGUCAGUUCUCCAGUGGUGGAUUGCUGAUGGCACUGACUGGCCUUUACUGCAGGACCUGGCAAAGCGAGUUUUUUCAUUACCAGCUUCAUCAGCUGCAUCCGAACGGAACUUUUCCACAUUCUCAUUUGUUCACUCAAAACUCCGAAACCGUCUUGAUGAAGAGAAAGUUCUAAAACUUGUUUACAUCAAAACAAACACAAUGCAAAUAGAUCACAAUGUUAGUGUUAUGAGUGUUGAUGAUUCUGACAUGAGCACUGAUGAAGAAUAUAAUGAGGAGGGAUGA